AUGAAUUACGGACCAAGUAGAGCCUUUAGUACCGCUAGUAGUAAUGGCUUGAAUACAGGUGGUGGUGAUUAUUAUUCUUCAUAUCAUAAUCCAUAUCAAUCUCAUACAAAAACACAUUCGAAUAAUUUAUAUGAUUCUUUAAAUUUCAAUAAUCACAAUCAUUUAGAUGAUAUUGUAGACGAACAGCAACAAAUUGAUAUUAAUUAUGAUAUGGAUGAUUCAGAUAAACCUAAAUUACUUAUGUGGGGUCUUACAAAAAGUGGUAAAACAUCGAUAAUAAAACUUAUUUUUGAAAAAAUGACUGCCGGUGAAACAUUACAACUUCCGGAAACAAAAAUCGUUCAAACACACGAACUUACUUGUGGUAUUCAUGUACGAUUUCAAAUUCGUGAUGUACCUGGUCCAAAAACGGCAUUAUCAGAUGAUUUUGAAACCUAUGCACUUGAAUCGACUACUAUUGUUUUUGUUCUUGAUGUAACUGAUGAUUAUUCAGAUGCAAUUAAUUUAUUAAUUAGUUCAGUGCAAUGGAUGUAUAAUAAUGGUCAUAAUGUACGAUUUGAAGUAUUAAUUCAUAAAAUUGAUGGAGUACAUGAACAAGAUCGUUUAGAACGAUAUUCAACUAUUCAACAACGAGUUAAUAUCAUGCUACAUGAAUGUUCAAUUAAAGAACCAGUUAUUAAUUUUUAUUUAACAAGUAUUUAUGAUCAUUCAAUUCAUGAAGCAUUUAGUAAAAUAGUUCAAAAUCAAAUGAGACAAUUACGUGCACUUGAAAAUAUGCUUGAUUUAGUUACAGCAAGUACGCAAUUGGACAAGAUUUUUGUAUGUGAUAUAUACAAUAAAAUUUUUCUUGCAUCCGACACCAGACCGGUGGAAACACAACUUUCUGAAUUAUGUUGUGAUGUUGUAGAUGUUUAUAAGGAUAUUUCGUCUAUUUAUGGGACAAGUAACAGCCCGGUGCUUGAUUCAAUGUCAUUUUGUACUAUUGAACUUUCAAUUGGUCUUGUACUUUAUUUAAAAGAUAUAAAUCCAACUACAGCACUUAUAUGUAUAUUAAAAAAAGAAUCAAAAAUAAAUGAAGCUUUAAUGGAAGUUAAUUUAAAUAUUUUAAAAAAGAAUAUUCAAGAAUUAUUUCGUACUUAUUCAAAUACUUCAUCUCGACAACAAUUAAAUGCAUCAAUCGAAUGA